UUCUCUCUCUCUCUUUCUCUUGAUGAACUCUGCUGAAAUUCCUCUUUUAGAUCGUCAAAUUCCGCUGCCCAGAUCUCAAUUUCAGCAGCCGGUUACCGGUAACUCUGUAGUGUAACUCGGAUUCCUAUAUCUCUAGCAUCGCAGCUGGAUCUGCUCGAGUUUCCACGGACUCUAACGAUGGACCCUAUUAUGAAUCCAUUCUCGUCUGGCACGCGUCUGAGGGACAUGAUUAGGGCUAUACGAGCAUGCAAAACUGCGGCAGAGGAGAGGUCUGUUAUACGAAAAGAAUGUGCUUCCAUCCGUGCAUCCAUUGGGGAAAAUGAUCCAGAUUAUAGGCACCGUAAUCUUGCAAAGCUUAUGUUUAUACAUAUGCUAGGUUAUCCCACUCACUUUGGUCAAAUGGAGUGUUUGAAGUUAAUUGUAUCUACUGGAUUCCCAGACAAGCGAAUAGGUUAUCUUGGCCUUAUGUUGCUUCUUGAUGAAAGACAGGAGGUUUUGAUGCUGGUCACAAAUUCAAUAAAGCAAGAUCUUAAUCACUCAAACCAAUAUAUAGUGGGACUAGCUCUUUGUGCUUUGGGAAAUAUAUGCUCUGCAGAAAUGGCACGCGAUCUUGCACCUGAAGUUGAAAGACUUUUACAGUUCAGAGAUCCAAAUAUCCGAAAAAAGGCAGCAUUAUGCUCUAUUCGAAUUAUCAGAAAAGUUCCAGAAUUAGCAGAGAAUUUUGUAAAUACUGCAGCUUCCUUACUUAAAGAGAAGCACCAUGGAUCUCUAAUAACUGGGAUCCAGCUCUGCAUAGAUCUAUGUACAGCCAGAGCAGAAGCCCUAGAAUAUUUUAGAAAGAUGUGUAUAGAUGUGGUGGUGAGGACACUAAAGGAUGUUGUCAACAGUCGAUAUGGACCUGAGUACGAUAUUUCUGGGAUUGCAGAUCCUUUCCUUCAAAUCAGAUUACUCAGAUUUCUUCAUGUACUAGGCCAAGGAGAUGCUGAUGCCAGUGAUUCGAUGAAUGACAUUCUUGCACAGGUUGCAACAAAAAUUGAGUCGAACAAAGUUGUAGGGAAUGCCAUCCUUUAUGAAUGCGUUGGAACAAUUAUGAGCAUUGAAGAUAGUGGUGGCCUACGGGUGCUUGCUAUUAAUAUCUUGGGGAAAUUCUUGUCAAACCGUGAUAAUAAUAUCAGAUAUGUUGCUUUGAACAUGCUGAUGAAAGCUAUUACUGUAGAUUCACAAGCGGUGCAGAGGCACCGUGUUACAAUCUUGGAAUGUGUGAAGGAUUCAGAUAUUUCCAUCAGGAAAAGGGCUCUCGAGAUUGUGUGUCUUCUCGUUAACGAAAGCAAUGUAAAACCUUUGACGAAAGAGCUUAUUGAGUAUCUGACAUUGAGUGAUCAAGAGUUUAAAGGGGAUCUUACUGCUAAAAUUUGCAGCAUUGUGGACAAUUUCUCAACUGAAAAAAUAUGGUACAUUGAUCAGAUGCUGAGGGUUCUCUCUGAGGCAGGAAAUUUUGUAAAGGAUGAAGUAUGGUAUGCCCUAAUUGUUGUUAUAGGCAAUGCUUCUAAUCUCCAUGGGUAUACAGUGCGAGCUCUAUAUAGAGCAAUUAAAUCUUCUUAUGAACAGGCAACUCUUGUUCGAGUGGCAGUUUGGUGCAUUGGCGAAUAUGGAGAAAUAUUGGUCAACAAUAUAGGAAUGCUCGACUCUGAAGAACCGGUAACUAUAACAGAGUCUGAUGCUGUAGAUGUCAUAGAAAAUGUCACAAAACAUCAUUCCUCAGAUCUGGCCACCAAAGAAAUGUGUUUGAUUUCUUUGUUAAAGCUAUCUUGCCGCUUCCCUGCUUGUUCACAGAGGAUUAAGAACAUCAUCAAUCAAUGUAAGGGAAGCCUAGUGCUUGAAUUGCAGCAAAGAGCAAUUGAGUUUGAUUCUAUCAUUGCGAAGCAUCAAAAUAUCAGGUCUAUGCUGGCUGAGAGGAUGCCAGUUCUGGACGAAGCAACUUAUUGUAGAAGACGAACAGUGCCAGUUUCUGUUCAACAGGUAGGAGUUGUAAAACUCCCAAAUGGGAGUGCAAAACCCAGUUCUGCUGCUCCUCUUGUUGAUUUGCUUGACCUCAGCUCGGAUGAUGCUCAAGUCCCUAGCGCAUCUGGUCUUGAUCUUCUUCAGAACGUUCUUGGUCUUGAUUUAUCAUCAUCUGUGUCCCAGUCAGGUAAUAGCCAGUCCCAGAAAAAUGGCUCUGAUGUUCUAAUGGAUCUUUUGUCUAUUGGGACUCCUGUUCAAGGCAGCUCAAAUACACCUGACAUCUUUUCCCUCGGUCAAGCUUCUACGGUGGAUAUAUUUGAUGGCUUUUCUCCCAGCCCUGCAAGAUCUGAGGACAAUGGUACUGGUCAUGCGCCAAUUGUUGGAUUUGAGAGCAGCUCAUUGAGAUUAAAGUUGAACUUUUCAAAGCCGCAUGGGAAUCCUCAAAUAACGGACAUGGUGGCUACAUUUACUAAUAAAACAUCAAACUCAUACACAGAUUUCAUUUUCCAGGCAGCUGUUCCAAAGUUCCUUCAUUUACACCUAGAGCCAGCCAACAGUAAUUCUCUACCAGGCAAUGGUUCAAUCACGCAGAAUUUACAAGUAACAAACAGCCAAUAUGGGAAGAAAUCAAUUGUGAUGAGGAUAAGGAUAGCUUACAAGUCUAAUAACAAAGACAUGUUGGAGGAAGGAGAGAUCAGCAAUUUCCCACGUGGACUAUAGUGAAGUUUAAGUGAUAUUUUGAUUCUUUCUUACAUUCUUUAUUUGUUUGUUUGUUUGUCCUCUAACCCUAGUUAUGAUUUGGUUCAUAAUUGGUAGAUGUAGGAAUAGGGAGUUUCUUGGGGGAGAGGAGAUUGCCAGUUUUGGUCCUGUUGUCGUCAGUGUAGAAGAAUGUAGAUAGAUGAUAGAUUAUAGAUUAUAAUAACAAUUUGUGUCAAACUGAAUUGUAUGGUGGUCAUCUCCUAUUUUGUAUGGUCCAUGAAUUUAUAUAAUAAAUAUGGAUACGUU